AUGACAAUCAGACCGAACCACCAUUAUGCGCUUCACAUCCCAGAUCAGAUGAGGCGCUGGGGGCCACUCAGUCAGGUCGCUGAAUUUGCUGCUGAAAUGGACAGGACAAUGUUGCGUCGGUUUUGUCAACUACAAAGGCUUCUCGGAGAUCAUGCGAUUGACGACCAUAGGGAGAAGAACAGGAUUCAACUACGAGAUGAACAGUAUGAAGCCUUGCUUGUCCAUGUUAGAAAGACCAUACCAGACACACGAGAUCAUCGACACAUUCCUCAUCCGGCAAAAUCAAAGGUACUACAUACGGAUGCUGUCCCAAAACCUUCCUAUAAGGUUUCAAAGUUUAUCUCGGUUUCAGUUCUGAAACCAAACAAUUGCAUCAAGUACAAAGAGGCUGGAAAAUCCCGUUAUGCGAUGGUUCGGCAAAUUUAUCAGUUCACUGACCCUGUAGGGUCCGUACGGACCGAACUUUGGGUCAAUCCAAUCGAGAACCUUUUUUCUAAGGAUCUUGAUUCGCCAUCGAAAAACUUUCGUUACCUUCUACACUUGAUGAAAUGUGUCCUAGGCAAAGUCGAAGACCACUGUAUUUUUGUUUCCCCUGCGAAAGUUGUGGCGGUGGCUGCAUACCGACUCUUACCCGAUAACACUCUUUCUGUUGCCGAAGGCGGAAUUAUGUUGCUUCCGUAUGAUUACAAAUCACAGAAUGAGGAUAUGUAA